AUGGAGGAAGCGCACAUCUCCCGUCCCUGCAACGCCUGGAUCUUGAAACGUCUCCUUUUCUACCAAGCGACCCUUGCGCUGGCUGAUCUCACCAACCACGCAGAUGAAGAGGUCACAGCCAGAUUCCGGGGUGAGAAGAAGAAGAAAGGUCUGCGGGCUGGUGCCGCCGAAGAACCCGAUGCCCAGCGGAGACGUGGCUACACCUACCAGCUCAUUGUGGUACCCUGCACGCAGGUACACGACCUCGGCCCGCCGCGCCCGCUGCGAUACCGCGACGGAUACCUCGAGGCCAAGGCUGAGAAGGAUCGGAAGGCCAAGGCCGAGGAGGCGCGCUGGAAGGUGCACUCUACGCAGGUAUAUUGCAAUUGUUUGGUAUCUGUCUAA